AUGACGACACUGAUGCCACGUGGUUAUGGAGGAUUUCCCUCCUUUCAGUUUAGUUCACCCAAUCAGACUCACAAUCGAUAUUAUAAUGAUAGAUAUCCAAGGUACGGAGCAUCUUUCGCACCUCACUACCCAACUCCGCGAUUUUUUCAACCACCUCUCUAUCCUACGAAAAGUUAUACAACAGCUGGUCUCUACCAAGAUCAACAAUCUAGUUUUGGUAGUCAAUUUGAAAGAUUUUUAUAUAAAUUAGAUGAUCAGUAUCGAUAUGAACAAUACUUACGUAGAUUAAGAAAAAUACAAGGGCAGUAUAAAGGACUUCAAGGCAAUAACUAUACAUCAUUAACUCCAAAUGAUCAUUAUGGCACAGUAUAUCAAUAUGAAAAAGAGACAAAAUAUAUACCAAUACCAGUAUUGAUGAAUUCUGCCACGGAACGCUAUGCUCCUCUUAUAAAUUCAGGUCUUGGUUUUCCUCCGAAUAUAGAUUACCCUGUUGGUCUUAAUUAUGGAGCAAGUCAUGGUAUGAAUUUGCUACCAAAAAUCAGAGUCAUUUUCAUACCAACAGGUCAAUCAUUUUUACAGCAACCAUGGAUAGGCCCCUUGACGACGCCACCUUUUCUUUACAAUCGUAUAGCACAACCUUUAUACACAUUUCCACUACCGCCACCAUUACCGCAACUAGGAACAUUGCCUCUUACACCUGCAGUUCAACAAAUGGUUAUACAACGCUAUAGCAAUCCUGUUGCUGUGUUACCUUAUACGACUAGCUGGCAAAUGCCUCAACUGAUGAUGCCCAGUUAUCCACAAUUUUGUCAAGCGCAACCUAUGGUACCUAUAUCAGUCUUUCCGUCAUUUCCAACUGCUCCACAAUCCUGCAUUCCUACUCUGAUGCCAGCUUUUCCAUCUCUUCCACCUGCACCACAAUUAUACCUUCCUCCUCCUCCUAGCAUGCCGAUGGAUCAAUGCAUGCUAUCACCACCAUCUUUACAAUUACCAUUAUCAGGAGUUAAUGCAAUUUCAUCAUUACCUCAAUAUUUUAAUAGCAGUUAUCCAAGCAUAUGCCGUGCAUGUCCACCAGUACCACCUGCACUUAACAUAUCAGUCACUGGUCACUGUUGGGUACAACAUUGUGCUGCUUGUCAUCAUGUACCUACUUCUAUUACUAAUCCAAAUGUGCGACCUUCUGGAGGGCGAAUUACACCAUUGCUUCGCUAUCCAACAGUACCACAAUAUGUACCUGCUCAGACAAUAGAACAAAAAUAUUUUCAAAAUGAGGCGCCAAUUUUGAUGCGUCCUUGGCUACGAAAGACACCGCCACUUCCACCCGGUGCUAUUCUUAUUUCAGAUGAAUAUAUUACUAACAACGGGUAUUCUUCACGACAUGAUCGUUCACGAAGAAAAAAAAGGCAACCUAGACAUAGUUAUUAUCCAGAGGAACGAUCCACAACUGUAGCAUCACGGACAGUAACCACAGCAAACCCAGCCGCUAUAAAAGUUAAUAGAAGUGUAUCACCAAGAAGAGCAACCAAAAAUUAUAAUCAUGAAACUCAGAAUGAAGGAUCUAUUCAAUCAAAUGGUAUCAUAUCGAAAAGUUCAUCAAGUACUACAACAAGUGGUUUGACUGUCAAAUAUCAAAAAAUAACAUUGCAUUCAUCUAAGUCCAAAGAAAACGAUAUUCCUAAACAAUUAGUUGACGAGGCUCGUAAUAUUAACUUUCAAUAUAAUUACCAACCACAAGAAUUACCUUCUGUUUAUCUUGUUAAUCAUUAUUUAAAAUCGAAUAGUGAAGCUUCUACAUUAGCUUCAAGCUUUAAAACAUCAUCCAAUUGUUCUCCUUCACUCAUUAAGGAGCACAGUCAAACUUUAUUGUCAUCAAGUGACUUUAAUUCAAUAAAAGAAGAAGCAAACUCAGAGAAAGAAAAUGAAAAAUCAACUCGUCCUUCUUCUCAAAUAAAAAAACAGAAAGAACGAUUGGUUAUUAUACGAGAAUUUAUGACAAGUUCUCCAUCAACAAUGAGCACUAUUUCAUCCAAUACGUCAUUUAGUAUAAUUGACAAUAACAUAGACAUGACUUCGAAAAUAAGUUCACUAAAAACGAAUCAAUUAGAGGAAAACAAUAUCCUUCAUCAUGAAAUAUUUUAA